GCUGCGCGAGCCACAUGCCAGCGGGCGCCUGGAGGAGGCACUAGCGACAUCGGCAGCGGCCACCACGACGCGGACGCGUCUGGGGUCCGAGCAGCAGCAGUGGCAGCAGCAGAAGCAGCCGUCGCCACCACUGCAGUUAGAGCGGCCGCGCCAGGAGCAGCAGCAGCAGCAGCAGCCGCCGCAGCGAACGGCGAUCGGCGGGCGCGCCCUCCUGAAGGAAGCCGCCCGCCCCCCAUCACUGCCCCCUCCGGCGUGUUCAUGCCCCCGGGGCCCCAGGGAGCGCCAUGGCCCGCGCACGCCAGGAGGGCAGCUCUCCGGAGCCCGUAGAGGGCUUAGCUCGCGACGGCCCGCGCCCCUUCCCGCUCGGUCGCCUGGUGCCCUCGGCCGUGUCCUGCGGCCUCUGCGAGCCGGGCCUGCCCGCCGCCCCAGCCGCCCCGGCCCUGCUGCCCGCCGCCUACCUCUGCGCCCCCACCGCCCCGCCCGCCGUCACCGCAGCCUUGGGGGGCCCCCGCUGGCCUGGAGGUCCCCGCAGCCGGCCCCGAGGCCCGCGUCCGGAUGGUCCUCAGCCAUCACUAUCACCAGCCCAGCAGCACCUAGAGUCACCCGUGCCCAGCGUCCCGGAGGCCCUGGCGGGCGGCCCCACCCAGGCGGCCCCCGGAGUCCGGGGGGAGGAGGAGCAGUGGGCCCGGGAGAUCGGGGCCCAGCUGCGGCGGAUGGCGGACGACCUCAACGCGCAGUACGAGCGGCGGAGACAAGAAGAGCAACAGCAACACCGCCCCUCGCCCUGGAGGGUGCUGUACAAUGUCAUCAUGGGACUCCUGCCCUUACCCAGGGGCCCGGGAGCCCCGGAGAUGGAGCCCAAUUAGGGUGCCUGCACCCGUCCGGUGGACGUCGGGGACUUGGGGGGCAGGACCCUCCCGCCUCCUGACGCCCUGGCCAGCGCGGGGGACUUUUUUCUGCACCAUGUAGCAUACUGGACUACGAGCCCUGCCUGUCUCAGGGGGCCAGGGCAGCCACUCCAGCCCCGGCCAGCCUGGGGGCACUGAUGGAGACUGGACUCCUGGGCCCGGGCUGGAUGUCCCAGGAGGGAUCUGAAGGCGGCGGUGACCAAGGGAGUGGGGACUGAGCCACCUGCCUCUGCCGCCCAGCAUCAUCUCAGGAAAGGCUGUUGGUGCUGGCUGCCCCUUCCAGCUACAGGGGGGACGCUGGGGUCUCCCCAGUGCGCCUUCAUUUUGGGCCUGGCCUCAAGGCCCCUGGUGCUUCCCCCCCCUCCUCCCUGGGAGGGGGCCCGUGAAGAGCAAAUGAGCCAAACGUGAUCACUAGCGUCCUGGAGCCAGAAAACGGGUGCUUGUGACGGCCCCCCACCCAGCGCCCAGCCAUCUUCCCUGAGCCGCCGGCGGGCGGUGGUCAUGCCUGCCUCACCUUCAUCUGGGGGUGGCCAGGAGGGGCCCAGACUGUGAAUCCUGUGCUCCGCCACCACCCCUGUCCCCAUCAGUCCCAUUGCAUAGGUUUAGAGAGCACGUGAGAUCACUGGCGUUCAUUGGGGGGGUGGGAGAUUUUGGCGGAAGCCGCCCCAGCCUUAGUCCCCCAGGGCCAAGCGCUGGGGGAGAAAGAUGGGGUACAGUGGGGAGGGGGGAGUCUCAGAAGAGGGCGGAGUCUGGGAGCGGGGAGGGGUGGCCCAGCCUGUAAGAUACUGUACAUUCACUGCUGUAGAUACUGGAAUGAAUUUUCUGUACAUGUUUGGUUAAUUUUUUUUGUACAUGAUUUUUGUAUGUUUCCUUUUCAAUAAAAUCAGAUUGGAACAGUGGA